AUGGAUCUCCUCCUCUUGGAGAAGACUCUCCUCGGCCUCUUCCUCUCCGUCGUCCUCGCUAUCGCCAUUUCCAAGCUUCGCGGCAAGCGUUUCAAGCUUCCGCCGGGUCCUUUACCCGUCCCCAUCUUCGGCAACUGGCUCCAAGUCGGUGAUGACUUGAACCACCGUAACCUCACAGAUCUCGCAAAGAAAUUUGGCGAUAUCUUCUUGCUUCGGAUGGGACAGAGGAACCUCGUCGUCGUUUCCUCCCCGGAAUUAGCCAAGGAAGUGCUCCACACUCAGGGAGUUGAGUUCGGAUCGCGAACCAGAAACGUCGUCUUCGAUAUCUUCACCGGUAAAGGUCAGGAUAUGGUUUUCACUGUCUAUGGUGAACACUGGAGGAAAAUGAGGCGGAUUAUGACUGUUCCGUUUUUCACUAACAAAGUAGUACAGCAAUACCGUCAAGGAUGGGAGUUCGAAGCUCAAAGUGUAGUGGAUGAUGUGAAGAAGAAUCCAGAAUCUGCGACUACUGGAAUCGUUCUCCGACGGCGGUUGCAGCUUAUGAUGUACAAUAACAUGUACAGAAUUAUGUUCGAUAGAAGAUUCGAGAGUGAAGACGAUCCUCUGUUUCACAAACUCAGGGCUCUGAAUGGAGAGAGAAGCCGAUUAGCGCAGAGCUUCGAAUACAACUACGGCGAUUUCAUUCCGAUCUUGAGGCCGUUCUUGAGAGGAUAUCUCAAAAUCUGCAAGGAAGUUAAGGAAACGAGGCUGAAACUCUUCAAGGAUUAUUUCGUCGAGGAGAGGAAGAAACUUGCGAACACGAAGAGCACGACGAACGAGGGGUUGAAAUGUGCGAUCGAUCAUAUAUUGGAUGCGCAACAGAAGGGAGAAAUCAACGAAGAUAAUGUGCUUUACAUUGUUGAGAAUAUUAAUGUGGCAGCAAUUGAAACAACAUUAUGGUCGAUUGAAUGGGGAAUCGCGGAGCUAGUGAACCACCCAGAAAUCCAAAGAAAGCUAAGAAAUGAACUCGACACCGUACUCGGACCCGGUGUUCCAAUCACUGAGCCAGACACACAAAAGCUCCCAUACCUCCAAGCCGUGGUCAAGGAGACUCUCCGCCUUCGUAUGACCAUCCCAUUACUCGUCCCUCACAUGAACCUCCACGACGCCAAGCUUGCGGGCUAUGACAUUCCAGCGGAGAGCAAGAUCCUAGUGAAUGCUUGGUGGCUAGCCAACAACCCAGCCAACUGGAAGAACCCAGAAGAGUUCCGGCCCGAGAGGUUCUUGGAAGAGGAAUCAAAGGUUGAAGCCAAUGGAAAUGAUUUUAAAUACUUGCCUUUUGGUGCUGGGAGAAGGAGCUGCCCAGGAAUCAUCUUGGCUUUGCCAAUUCUUGGUAUUACAAUUGGGCGUUUGGUUCAAAACUUUGAGCUGCUUCCUCCUCCUGGACAGUCUAAGCUGGAUACUUCAGAGAAAGGUGGGCAAUUUAGCUUGCAUAUUUUGAAACACUCCACCAUUGUUGUUAAGCCAAGAGUGUUCUAAGAAUUUGUAUUGCAAAAUGGGUUUCUUUUGGAGGGAGGGAGUGAGUGAAUGAAGGAUGAGUUUGUUGAUUUUAAUGUAUACAAUUUGGGGGGGAAAGAUUUUGAAAUUGAUCAUGUUAUUUGGGAGCGAGGUGGGUAGAAAUCCUUGAUCAAAUGCUGGUACAUGUCAAACUUUUCC